UUAAUCAGGGUCAGAUUCCAGCAAGUGCAACAAGUAAACCAAUAUGUGGUAUUAUGGGUAUUAUUCAUCUAAUAGCAGGUCCACAUCUUGUAUUAAUUACAAAAAAAUCAAAAGUAGGUGAGAUUAAUGGUCAAUCAAUAUGGAGAGUAGAAGAUACUGAAACACAUGCAUAUGCACGAGCUUCAUUGCAUCUCACUGAAGAUCAGAAUCAAUAUGACAAACAGUACCUAUCGAUGAUACAAUCUUUUCUUCGGACUCCAUACUUUUAUUUUUCCACAUCUUAUGAUUUGAGUCACACAGUUCAACGAUUAUACAACACUAGUCCGGAUUUUCUUCAAAUGCCAUUGUUUGAAAGAGGGGAUCAAAGAUUUAUUUGGAAUCAUUAUCUAAUGAGGGACCUUUUAGCACAGCAAGAGUUACAUCGAUACUGGCUGCCGGUAAUUCAUGGCUUUAUAUGUAUAAAGCAAUGUAUUAUUAACCAACAUUCUUUUUCAUGGAUAUUAAUAUCAAGGAGAAGUUGCUAUCGUGCAGGAACACGUUUAUUUAUGCGAGGCGUUGAUACAGAAGGACACGUGGCUAAUUACAUUGAAACGGAACAGAUUGUAGAAUACGAUGGUUGCAAAAGUUCAUUUGUACAGACAAGAGGUUCUAUUCCAUUGUUUUGGAGUCAACUUCCAGAUCUUAGGUACAAGCCAAAACCAACAUUAAGUACUACUAACAAUCAGGUAAGUUUCUAUAAAACAUUUUGCAGGUAUGUGUCUUUUGACUUUCAUAAAGAAUGUGGUCACAUGAGGUGGGAAAGGCUUUCAUUGUUAAUGGAAAGAAUUAACCAAGAUCAAAAUGAAAUGGGAUAUAUUCUUAUAUUUAGAGACGGUACUCUAUUACAACAACAGGAAGGUGUUUUUCGUACAAAUUGUAUCGACUGUCUCGAUCGCACAAAUGUGGUACAGAGUAUGUUAGCCAAAAGAAGUUUACAGAGUCAGUUAAAGGCAAGAAGUUUAUUAGAUCCUAAUUAGAAAGUUUAAUAAAAUUAUUUCUGUAAGAAGCAGUAUUGGUCCAUAUUAAUGCUUGCCUUGUCAAACAUCUCUAUUUCAAGAGACAAGCAUUGAUAUGGACUAAUAUUAUAAUAUUUCUUACAGAUAUGGGGUUUCAGGACAGACUACUCAAAAUUUAAUAUAAUUAUACAGUGGGUGAUCGGUUGAUGAACAGAUCGGUUAAUGAACAGAUUGGAUAACGAACACUUUUGAGAAAGAUUUUUAUGAUCGGACAAUGA